CUGUUGUGCCACUCCAACACCUACCUUUGCUUAUAAAUAAGCAGAUGAAAGAAACAGUGACACAGCCAUGAAAGCAGAGAACAAUAUGAACAAGCUCGCGGUGGUCCUUGUCUUGUUGGCGGUCUUCAUUUCCGGUAUCGAAGCUUGGACUGGUGAAAUCCACGGCAGAGUUAUCUGUGAUGUUUGUGGCGACUCCGCUCUCGGACCUGAAGACCAUAUUCUUGAAGGUGCUGAGGUAGCUGUUCUAUGCAUCACAAAAUCCGGAGAAGUUUUAAAUUACCAGGCAUUCACGAAUGCUAAGGGGAGAUAUACAGUGGCAGAGACUAUGCCUGAGAGUGACCGCUGGGAUGCAUGCCUGGCACGACCUAUUAGCAGCUUCCAUGAGCACUGCACUCAUCUCAGGGGUACCAGCUCAGGAGUAAAGUUCAGUUAUAAUCACCCAUCAGGUUAUUCUCACACCGUCAGAACUUUCGUCUAUCAACCGUCUAGUGUACCAGCAUACUGCAUUUAAACAUUGUAGGCUUGAUGUCUAUUACUGUCAUGUAGUUGCAAUCUUGCUUUGCCUAUACUGAAUGGAAUUGAAAAAGAGAUGAUCUAGUCAUGGCAUAGUGAGUGUUGUUAGUGUACCAGCAUACUGCAUUUAAACAUUGUAGGCUUGACGUGUAUUACUGUCAUGUGGUUGUAAUCUUGCUUUGCCUAUGCUGAUGGAAUUGAAAAAGAGAUGAUGUAGUCAUGGCUCAGUGAGUGUUAUUAGAGUGUAAGAGUUUUCCUUGUACACUAGAGUCAAGCAUUAAUUGGAUGCUCUUAUAUUCCCCUAGAAUCACCCAAAAAUUUAAGCAUGAUUUUAAAGAGUUUAACACGAUUAUAUAUGCAAUAUCAAAAUAGAUUUUACAUCCU